AAUAUAAUAGAACCAACGUUUGAAUGAUCUCUGCAGCAUUUAUGUAAUUCUUUACUUUUAGUUGGCAGGUAUUUAUAUAGGCAUUAUACGAGAGAUAACUAGUACUCACACAAAAUCUGCAACCGCUACAUCAGGUCAUUUCACGAUUUGUCACUGAAAGCAUUUCACGUGUGUGCUGCUAAUAAUUCUGCAAGUAUAGAACAACCUCAGACAAACAGACUUUAAGAACUAUAACACAGCUAUGAGUUGCUAAAAAUGUACAAUUCAAGAAAUAUGAUAGAUGCAUUUUUUGUCAUCUGUCAAGUUUUUCAAGAACAUCAAUGUUAAAAACUUUAUCAAAAGUCCCAUAGUGGCUGUGAUCUGUAGACCUUAUUAUUCUGUUUCUAUUUGAAGAAUACUGUAAAGUAGGCUAACGUGCAACAACUGAAACAUAAACAAACACUUUUUAUAGCAGAUUGCAUACUUACAAAGUAAAAACAUGUAUACACAGUGUGGAUAAAGCCUACUUUUUAUAUAGAGUGAACAGGAAUACAACAGAAUUUAUCUUUUAAAUAUUGAUUGCGGCAACACACACACACACACACACACACACACACACACACACAGGAUUUUCACCCUGCUGGUUACAGAGCUCAACAGCUGACAAAGUGGGGGAAGGAUAGACACACACACACACACACACACACACACACACACACACACACACACACACACACACACACACACACACACACUGAUCUGCAUGCAUACCUACACACAGGCACAUGUGUGAGUGAGGGUGCAAGAGAACACACACUCACAUUUCAUAGAUGGAAGUCCCAUUAGCCCCACACAUGCAACUUGACACACACACACACACACACACACACACACACACACACACACACACACACACACACACACUGUAGACGUGACCUGCCAAGUAUUUAUUUAUUGGGAGACCUUUAGAAACAAGACACAGGAUUCUAAUUUAUAGUCCUGAACUUUACAGCCAUGCCAGUCUACAUUUCUCUCUCUCUCUCUCUCUCUCUCUCUCUCUCUCUCUCUCUCUCUCUCUCUCCUUUUCUCUCUAUUUCUCUCCAUGUUCUUUGCUUUCUCUUAUGUUAUCAAAUCUAGCAGACUGACAGUCCAGACUCUUCCUUAAUUGAAAACAAUUACUGUAAGUCAGCUUUUGAGACUGCUCAAGUUAAUUGUUAGGCAUCUAGUUUACUUGUUAUUUCACGUUUUAUGGUUAGAUUGUGAGAUAACCUUAGAUAGCUGUUAGUCCAGAUGCCAGAAUGGAAGGGGCUUUAUAUUGGAUGCAGACGAAAUCAAAAAGACAACGUAAAUAAUCCAAAGCAUAGUAAUGGCCUGUCAGUCACACGCAGGCGAUGCCCGGCCUGGAGCAGCAUUCUGACAGUUUUCCAUGUUUAGACCUAUUUCUGUCUGUAAAAAACACAAAAUAAUUUACAACUUCAAAAAUAAGUGCUUAGCCUAGUGUUUGAAUUUAAAGACACUGCCAAACAGCAAGGGUAUUAUUGUGAUAAGGUGCUAAUCAAUGACUGCGCAUCAUUUUUCAAAGCAGUAAUCAAAGUAAUAAUUAUGUAUAAGUAUUAACUAUGGCACGUCUUCAUUGCCUGAAUCAUCCGUGAAGUGAGUAAAAACUCAAUAUUGUAUUUUACGUUUAAGUUGUGAAAGUCAUUGAGAAAUGACUUGGUAAUAACCUCCUCCCCCACAAGGCUCAUCUAAUUCUACCUCUAAAGAUAUCCUUCAUUUUCCACACUAUUGCAAAAAAUAGGCAUUGCACAUCUUUUCUAAAAGUGUAGGUGGAAAGAUCAAGAGAGCGUAUUUUUUUCUAUCAUCCAUAAGCUUCUCUUAAGCUGCACUCAUAUUCGGAAAUACAAAACUGUGAAACACAACCCUCACUCUGAACUUUGUCAGUGCACAGGAAACACACAAGCUUCUGUCCACACACAAUGCCACACAGGUGCUUUUGUUCCCCGCUCAAAUAUCUGCAAAGACUCCGUCAUUACUCCGCAUCACUCUCAGUUUUUAACUUUUUAUUUUUAGUGUCCGGUAGCUGACAUCAGAAUGACAGCUCUUGUCAGCAGAGGCCAGUGGACAUGGCAUUCAUCCCAGACACAUCUUUUAAAUGUUAUUAAUUGCACAAUGACUCACUCCUUCCCACCUUCUCACACCCUCUGUCAUCACCUAAUGCCUGCAGACUACAACAUGCAGGGAGGUGGGGCAUCUAGAAUCCAGUGAAAUAUCUGUCAGAGAUGAGUGUGUCCCUGGAUAUCCUCAUCUAGGAAGAAUAGAGUAUAAAAGACAAAUAAUAGUGCAAAACCAUUGGUUAGUUGCAGAAUAGAUUGACUCAAAGGAACGUCCUGUUGCAAUUCACACACAGCUAUGCACUUCCAGGCCAACCAAGUCAAACCCAGGUCUACAGCGAACCCCCAAAAAAGUAAAAGCCAUUAAUGACAUCUGCUGCACUAUAGGCUCCAUGCUAAACACAGUAGCUCAAACAAGAUAACGGCCCAUUUUUUUAAGCUUUAUAUUGGAUUCACAUCAUAAAUUGGUGAUACAUAAAAUGUACUUUAAAGUAAGCCUUAUAUUUGGGCCACAGUUGUUAGCUAUGUCACUUUUUUAGAAGCUAUUGAACCCUGAUUGCCUUUUGUAGUCCUGGGUGUGUUCUUAGCUGUGGUUUGGCUGUAGCUAAUCAAAUCUGAGAGUGUCACAGCUGGCAACAUGAGAGCCCUUUCAAAUCCUGUUGUAACCCUUACCCAAUCCUCCAUCAUAACCCCCCCAACCUACCCUCCCCCACCCUUGGCCUGUGCACGGGAUUGUAGCGCUGCUCAGACUAACAUACGCCUCCCUUGGUGUUUGCAUGCAGUCAUUGCAUCCAGCAGAUCUUGGAGGCAGUGCUUCACUGCCAUCAAAUGGGCGUGGUGCACCGGGACCUGAAGCCAGAGAACCUGCUCCUAGCCAGCAAAUGUAAGAAUGCCGCAGUGAAGCUGGCCGACUUUGGCCUGGCCAUUGAGGUGCAGGGGGAUCAGCAGGCCUGGUUUGGAUUUGCUGGCACACCGGGGUAUCUGUCCCCUGAGGUUUUGAGGAAGGAGGCAUAUGGCAAACCUGUGGACAUCUGGGCCUGCGGGGUUAUCCUCUACAUCCUGCUGGUGGGUUACCCUCCUUUCUGGGACGAGGACCAGCACAAGCUGUACCAGCAGAUCAAGGCGGGGGCUUACGAUUUCCCUUCCCCGGAGUGGGACACAGUUACACCUGAGGCCAAAAACUUGAUCAACCAGAUGCUGACCAUCAACCCAGCCAAGAGGAUCACUGCUCAGGAGGCCCUCAAGCACCCGUGGGUCUGCCAACGGUCCACAGUGGCGUCGAUGAUGCACAGACAGGAGACCGUGGAGUGCCUGAAGAAAUUCAACGCCAGGAGGAAACUCAAGGGGGCUAUUCUUACUACCAUGCUGGUUUCUCGAAAUUUCUCUGUGGGCAGCAGGCAGACCACCACUCCAGCCUCGGUCACCGUGGCAGCAGCAGCAGUGGCUGCAGCUGCCGGCUCCGCCGCAGGCCUGAUGGAACAAGGUAGCACGGUGGAGCACACAGGGCUCGCUGACCCACCCAUAUUCAUCCCUUCAUCUUCUUCAACGCAGCCACAGAGCAUGGCCUCGACCUAA